UUUCAUGGAUUUGCAUGAAAUACCAAACUCUCCUCACCCUCACCAUGAUCAAUUUGAAAUUGUCAUCUUAGUGGGUCCAGAUCCAUUCACAACCACCAUCCAAACCACCGUGAUGGAACCAAACACUGCUCAACGCUCUCCAAUCAAUAUGAAUGUUCCUUCAUCCUUGAAUCCACGCCUAAGUGAUAUAAUUCCACAUGUGAUCUUUGUGAAUCCAGGAGAGGACAUCAUUGAAAAAGUAGCAGCCUAUAGCCAGGCAGUAGCAGAACCUGAUACUGAGAUAUGCAUUAUGUCUGCUCAUGGUUUAGUUGGCAGUGUCGCCCUUCAUCAUUCAGGGAGCAUCUUUAAUUACGAGGGUCAAUUUGAAAUUGUAUCCUUAUUUGGGAAUUUAGAAGUUUAUGACAACAACAGCGACAAUAUAAGAAUGAGUUACUUCAAGGUGUCUCUAGCAAACACUGAUUCACGCCUUUUGGAAGGUGUAGUUGCUGAUAAGCUUAUUGCAGCAUCAUUGGUAAAGGUCAUAGUGGGCAGCUUUACUUUGGAUGGAAAAAAUGCUAGCCUGAAUAACCUGGAAUAUGAAUUUUCUUCAGCGCCAUUGCCUAAACUUGUUAAUGAUGGAACUCAAACCGAUGUGACCACUCAAGGGCAUUCAUCUCAGUCCUUAGGUGACAAAGAAAAUAAUCCUUUUAGCCAAGGGACUGCAAUAUACAAUAAUACUAUCCAACCCAUUCCUACUAUGUCGAUGUACCAGCAGCUAUGGGCUCACCAAACUCAGUAGUGAGGACGGGCUGUUAAGCUCGCCAGUGCAGAAGCAGGUUAUUUACAUGAUGAUUGUUCAAAGUUGUGCUGCAUGUUGGAUUUGGGAAUGUCAACAUAAAUAAUUUGGACAAACUUUAAGCGAGUUUAUCAAUUAGUUUUAU